AUCUGCACACCCAUCUACAAUCGUGAAUACACACCUAUACCGCAAGCUUGAACAUUCUACGCUCGGAGCUUCGCUGAACGUGCUACUCGAGCGGUGUCACGAGCACCAUCGGCUUGGCUGUACACUCGUACCACUCCGAACGCAAAGCGAGACAUAUUGUUGCUUCAGAGAGCCCGAUCUCUGCGAUCAGUCUUAGUCAUGGAGGUGGAAGGCAAUCUUCAACACGAGGCUGGUUCUAGCGCGAGCACCUCCGCACCAGCAAAUGCUCAUCAGCGCAGCGUAUCCAAAUCAGGAGGUGCGGGCAAAGCGUCAUCGGCGAAAAGUGCUGGAAAGGAUGCCUCCAAGGCGGGACCUAAGGGCAAGGGGCAAGUCGGCAAGGGUGCCAGCACAAACGCUAAUGAAGCCAAGUCCACGGGCAAAGGAAAGGACAAGGCGGGAGGUGCGAGUGCUGGGGGAGGGAAAGCUGCUGGCUCAUCCACGAGUGCGGCCAAGGAUUCGCAGGCUGGAGCGUCUACACCUCUGGGCGGCACGCCUCUGUUCGCUCUGACCAGAGUUGCACGGAUCAUGCGGGCGGACGAAGACGUGGAACAACUGCCAAAAGAUAGCGUGCGAGCCAUGGCGGUAGCUACCGAGAAGUUUGUCCAAGUGCUAGCAGAAGAAGCGUAUUUGGGAGCCAAGGCCGAAAAGAGAAAAGUGGUGACGUACAAGGAUUUGUCGAAUCUGGUUCAUAGAUCAAGCUUCAACUUUCUGGACGAGGUCAUUCCUCAACCCACAUCGCUCAAUGCGGCACUGAUAAAGAGGGCAAAGCAUUUGGAGGAUGUGCAAGCUGGCAAGCUGUCGGCAGGUGGAGCGGCAAAUGCAAAGGUCGGGUCGACUGGUGUGGACCCUGCAGCCGAUUUGUCGAGCGGCUCAGCACUCGCUGAUCAGUCUGCAUUGUCCUCGAGGAAUGGAGGAGUUGGUCGCUUGCAAGUCAAUGGCUUUGGCAACUCGGCUUCGAAUGGACAUGCCCAGUCCGAGGAGGAAGCGCCCCUCACGAGCUCCGACGAUGAAAUGCAGGAGUAGCCGCUCAAAUGCCCCAACUUCGGGGCGCAAACCCCGUGCCCUCUUUCGAUGGCGGCUGCGCCUCGCCAUCCUACACGCUCUCUACAUUGUCUGGCAAACUUUGCAAUGCGGACGUCAUGAUUUCAUCAAAGCUCGUUGUCGGCCUCAAGGGCGCUUGAAAAGGUAUAACAUGAUAAAUAAAGGCAAAAGGUCCAGGCAGCUUAAGCGGAGGUUUGUGGAGUCUGAGGAGACUUGUCCAGCGAAGUAAGCUCGCUAGCACAGAUUAGCGCAGGCGCGCAAGGAAAUAGCAAAUAUGCGG